AUAGGUCAUUGAUUAUAUUAAAAACUAAAUUAUUGAACUUAAUAAGAUAAUGAAUUAAAAUUUCAACCCCAGGUCUCUUUACAUCUAUUAUCUUGCUUCUACUGGUGAUCAACAUGGUUGCUUUUGUCCUUUACAAGUUUAAGGAGAGUAUUUCAGCUGAAAACAUCAACAUCAACAUCCUUCUCAACCAGGAUAUUGUGCAACUACUCAGCGCCCUGGCAAUUCAGGCGAGCUUGCCAGUAGCUUGGCGAAGUGUCUUGUUCCCAAUACCUCUGAUAGUCGCGAAGGUCUCUAGAUAUGUUGGCUGCAUGAUAUGGUUUGUAGUCAUGAACCUGUUUCUCUGUAUCUCUACUUUCAGACUAUUCAUCAUAUUUAGGAAUGAUUGGAUCAUGGCCUUUGACCAGGAAAAAAUGAGUAAACGUUGCUUGGUCUAUGCUGUUGUUCUUGCCCUUCUUAUCUACCCUGGAUUUCUCUGUCUUGAUUUGUCAGGAGGAACUGUGCACAUUACUGAGGUAUAUUCAAGUGGUUGCACUGUAACAGCAGAAUCAGAUGUAUUGUUUUAUGUCAAUUUGGGACUGGCAAUUAGUUAUCUGGCAAUUUUCAUCAUCACCAACCUGUCUAUUCUUUGGUUUAUGAGGGACGAAGUAAACAUUUUUGAAGGUUUUAGAAUUAAGACAAUGACAAUUGGCUUGAUUUUUUUAGCAGUAACUCUGUUUGGAUGCAUGCUAUUAGUAUUUAAACCUAGAGAACCUAUCAUGAUCAUUGACCUGAAUGUGUCCAUACUUCUUCUGCUCUGCAUGUUUGCAAUAAAAGAGGGAUCAUUCACAGGACCAUUUAUCCUUGAGAAGCUACAUUGUCUUCUACAUUUACAGAAUUCCAGCAGUACACAUGAAUCUCUGGAAACUGCACAGAAUAGACUUGAUGAGGAUGAUGGCGGAAUAUUUAUGGGAAACCCUUCAAUAGUAACAAGUCAAUCUGGACUCUCAACAGGAAUUGCCGGAGUCCAAACAGGCACAUCUACAGGAAACAAACAUGAACCACUCUCUGCCUCCUUUUUACUUCAGAUGUCUGAUACACACCCUGACAACCUGCCUCCAGUAGAGAUAAGUUCAUCCUCCAACCUCAGACAAGGGGUAGUACCUCAACAAAGAAUCACCAAACUUCCUAAAUUAAUCUACAUCAGAGAAGCAUCACAUGAUUAAGUUGUUUAUAAUAUUUAUGUUUUACAGGGUGUCCCAUUAAAUUUGGGAAUUCAGUGAAAAUUUUAUAUCCUCUUUGAUCCAUGAGGCAUUUUUUCAUGAACACAAUUAUUGCCUUUUCCAGUUUAAACAUCUAAGA